UUGGAAUUAAUUUGCUUCAGUUCUCUCAACGCUCAUCGACGGGCUUACCUUCGCUGCCGACGCCUUCUGGUGAUAGGAUGGGCGGCGGCUUUCGCGCUCAGUCUUCCGCAAGUGGCUAUUUUCAGGGUUUUCAAACCGUACAGCGAGAAGGAUUUUAGGCAGUGCACUCCGCUCUGGACCACGUUCUUAUAUGAAAAGAUUGAACAGCUGAAAGAUGUCAACUUGACCGAAGCGGAAAGAACAGAGAUCCAACGGUCUGUCAGUGACAUGCAGCAAUUGGAGAAGAUGUACAACAUCAACCAUCUUCUGUUCGUCUUCUGGAUACCAUGUAUCAUCAUAGUCAUCAGUUACUUGACAGUGUUGCUUAUUCUUCAGGGUCAUUUGAAGGAAGAAUACCAUAGUCUUCCGCUAAUGUCAGCUGUGGAGCAAUUAGAAGAGGAGCCAUCGAAAUGCAAAUCGAAGCGCAACUGUCCUCUUGCUGACAGCCAAACCGUAAAAUCAGCACUUUCUCCUCGCUCUACGAAUCCUGGUGCGAUUGUUGUUUCCACCAUACACAAAGCAAAACAGCACGCUAAACGGCAAGCAACAUGGAUAAUCCUAGCAUAUCUGACAUUUUGGAGCCCCUACAACGUACUUGCUGUGCUGAACAUGACGCGAACACUCUCCGACCAUCAGGUCUUUGCCGUCACGCUGUCAUUUCUUAACGCCGCUAUUUGUGCCAACCCGAUUGCGAAUCCUUUGAUAUACGGUGUUUUGAAGGAUGGCAGUAAACCUUAA